GAAGACGGCAACUAUGUCAUGGGUCUAGAAGUAUACCACGCUUUACACUGCGUAAAUGCGAUCCGGAUGUACAUAUUUCCAGACAAUUACGAGUUCCGGGAGAAGAAGAGCGAGACCGAAUUGCAUAAGCGUAGCAUAGAUCACUGUAUCGACUAUCUGCGUCAAUACGUCCAGUGCAACGCGGAUCUGACGCCCAUGUACGCCGAAUGGUUGGGAGCGUAUCGAUUGGUCUUGAAACCUUAUGCGACGCAUACCUGUAGAGAUUUCUCGAGGAUACGGGAUUGGAUUGAAGAGAAUGUGCAAGAAGGUCAGCGGAGUGGUGAAGUGCUGCGAUGA